AUCGUUCGUUGUCGGAACAUACUCGCGGAACUGUGACACUUCGUCGGGUUCGUGCUCGGAGACUGGAAAUAACUGUCACCCCCGAUUAAAAUCAAUAACACCCGAGCUCGUCGGAUGGACAGAAUGUCGGGGGAAGAAAGAAAGAACAGCGCGAGAAAAAAUAUAAAGAGUAUCGCUUACGCGAGCGACAUGAGCUUCGCGUCAUCAGCUCGGCAGUUGUAGCUGGCGACGUUUUGGUGGUUUCGACGGCGAGAAAUUUUGCACUUGGUGCGCGAGAGAGUCCAUUUUCAUCUCACGGCUAUUAUAGUCGCGUGUCGAGUAAGCGGUGCCCUUUCCCCCAGCAUGGCAGCGAGGAGGUCGGCCCUUUCCUGCCAGCGGCUACGGCUGUGCCUCGACUCUCCCCAAUGAAGCCCACCACGCGGCCACCUCACGCUGGCACCCUGCGUCCCCACUAGCACCCGACGGCCACUGAAGCAAGAGGGGCGACUGCGGCGAGUGUGAGCGUGCAGGCAGCAUGGGCAAGCAGAACAGCAAGCUGAAGCCCGAGGUGCUGGAGGACCUCCGGCAAAACACGGAGUUCUCGGACGCGGAGAUCCAGGAGUGGUACAAGGGCUUCCUGAAGGACUGCCCCAGCGGGCAUCUCUCCAUUGAGGAGUUCAAGAAGAUCUACGGCAACUUCUUCCCGUACGGGGACGCAUCCAAGUUUGCCGAGCACGUGUUCCGCACCUUCGACGCUAACGGGGACGGCACCAUCGACUUCCGGGAGUUCCUGUGUGCCCUGAGCGUGACGUCGCGUGGCAAGCUGGAGCAGAAGCUCAAGUGGGCCUUCAGCAUGUACGACCUGGAUGGCAACGGCUACAUCUCGCGCCAGGAGAUGCUCGAGAUAGUCACGGCCAUCUACAAAAUGGUGGGGUCGGUGAUGAAGAUGCCGGAGGACGAGUCGACGCCUGAGAAGCGGACGGACAAGAUUUUCCGCCAGAUGGACAAGAACAUGGACGGCAAGCUCUCGCUGGAAGAGUUCAUAGAGGGCGCCAAGAGCGACCCCUCCAUCGUGCGGCUACUCCAGUGCGACCCCCAGUCCUCGCACUGAUAGGCGUCCUCAGUCUCUCUUUCUCUCUCUCUGUCCCCCUUGGUGUUUCACCCCUUCCCACCCCUCUCACUUACCCUGCCACCACAACACUGGUCGUCUGCUCUUGUUACAACAUGCUGUCGAUGCUCGGUGUGCGGCAGUCAAUGGCGCCUUCUCCCGUAGGCGACUGUCACUUGCGGUGCGGCACAUUGCACCGAGCAGCAAAGCGUGUCAUGAAAAGGCGAAGCGGAAAUGAAAUUCAAUGACGGCGGUCGUUUCCUUUCCGACAAACGGCUAAAAGUGCCGUCGGAGAGUUUGUUGACAAACGGUUUCAUCAGAACGUCCUUUCAAGGUUGCGCUCGGGGAAGCCAGGGAGCAAAACUGUUAACUUAAGGUGAGCGUAACGUUUUUGCUAGACGGGAAGCAGCAAACAGUUUUGCAGAGCAAAUGUUUUUUUUUGCGGUGCAAUGCCGCGUAAAAGGUUCGGUGGCCACACCGAUGGGCGCAGGCGUUUAAACUGGGCGGGAGUGUUUCCAACUCCGCAGGGUAUGCAGUUUUUGGGGCAAAUAGAGCAACGGAAAAAAAGUAUGUGGAGGCUUGCGUGCCUGGGAUGAAAUGUCCCUCGAAGAUCUUGCCGCUUUCUGCACUUUCAAAUUCUCGGGAGAGUGUGGUGGCGUAACGGUCUUUGUGUCCUGCAAAAAGCACCAUUGUUCGCUGUUGAACCUGUCCAAAUGCCCUUUUUUUUUGUCGAGCGACGUUAUGUGGUGAAGUAGUGGCUUUGUUGGUGGUCUUUCGUGAGAAUGUUCUCAUUCUUCUUUGUUGUGCCCCAUAUUAUGCCGACGCAUCUCGCUGAACCGGUGGCAGCAUUCCGUGCUGCCUGCCAUCGCGCGGUAGCUUCGGGGAGCACUUAGACUUACCAAGAGCUCAUAUAUACACAGGUCCCGAUUUGCUCUGUAGCAAGCCCCAUUAAUCCCUAUUCACGUCCAGUGCGAGUUGGAGCCUUGCGUGCUUUUGGUUUAUUGUCGACAAUCACCCGGCCAGAUAAACGUUGCUUACAUGUUUGCAAAUGCCGUAGACUUGUUCGAACUUCAGUUUUCGCUCACAGCUCCGACUGUUUCUCAAAUGCUGCACGGGGCUUGCACUCCCGACCGAAUGUUUUAAAAUAUUCCAGUUCGACGUGUUGAAACGUUGCAUGUGGAGCCAGCUGGCAGUCAGUUUCGCCACGUUGCGACUCGUGGUGGCGUGGAAAGCGUAGCCCCGUGACCUUGCUUUCUUAGUCCCUUCGUUGCGCCUUGUCCGUCUCAACAUUUUGCGGAAGCGCGUCUUGCGUGGCCACAGGGUUUUCCCAGAAGUGAGAGAUCUGCACACGUUUACAUUAUGUCAGUAGCGUCGUCACACCUGGGACAAGGGAGAGAAAGAGCAGUAUUCUAACAUUGUCUUCCUUUUUCCUCGCCACUUGCGGCGUGCGCGGCACGUCGCUCGCAUCCGCUCGUCCGACAGGCAGCCGAGUCAACGUCUAGGCUAGCGCCGGCCACGGAUUUUCACGUCGGAUCGUGCGGCGACCGGCCGUGGAGCGUCUUUUAAAAAGGGAUGAAAAGGAAGUGGGGGUGGUGGCGUCACUUGUUUGGGGUGCAUACUGUUGUUACCGAACUCCGCCAGGCACGGUGACCGCGUCCAUCUAGCAUCUCGGAGUUUUCCGGCCGGUUGACCCGCCAAACACUCGGGUGAAGCACCAUUAACGUCGUCGUCCAGGGAUUGACGCCGCAGAACUGUCCGCGACGACCGAGGCAAAAGACAUCUAGGCCCACAUUCGUAGGUUUGUAGACGUAACGUAGGUUUCGAUCGAGUAUGUGUUUCAUUCGGAGGAAACGGCAUUGCGCUGUCGGUGCGUACGACCGUGGUCACGGGCCUGCGUCGUUCUCGGGGAGGGGGGAAAAACAAACGGCCUUUCUCCUCUCGACGCACCAAGUGUGAGCGAGUUUUUGCGUAUUUUCAUUGUCGACGCAUCAAGCGUAAAACUAGUUCUAGCUUCUCGGCAUCAGCUCGUGAAACUUCUUGAAGUGUCCGAAUAGCAGCACCUUUUUAAUCCGCGAGAGGUGUGUGAAGGGUGGACGAAAUGGAACAAUACAAACUUCGUGAGCACACCAAAGAGACGUCUCUCGUUGCAACGUCGUACGAUCGCUGUCACUAGCUUUGUCUCAGUUUUUAGAGCCAUUGUUGUUUUGGGGUUUUUUUUGCACGUCUUUGCUUGAGCACAUUACUAGCUUGCUUCACACAUCUGUCUAGUGUAUAUUUUGAGAAACUUGUCGACAUGACCGACGAAUGAAGGGUGGUGCUUUUGUCGGCAUGUUUUUUCAGGAGACGCAACGAAAUCCCUGACCAAAAAGGGUCAGUUCAGCUGUGGUUGGUUAUAAUUCUCAGACAGAUGCUGGACGUGCAGAUAUGUGCCCUUCAGUUUAACUGCCGUGCACAGAUCUUUAUUUCUCGGUGUGGGGGGAUUCUCCUGUUCUGCGGCUUCAAUUGAGGAGCGCAACACUUGGCCUUUGGGGCUUUUAAGAAUGGUGCUGGCUUUUUCCUCUUUUUGCAAACGGGAGAUUUGGCAAUGCCGAAUUCCGUAGUACACGACGUAGCGCCCGUCUCCGCAACACUGGAUUGCGCCUCUAGCACAGCAGCAGCGUCUUUUUGGUGUCAUUUAGCUCCCCAAAUCUUGGUGGUCAAUCGUGCUUAUGUUCCAAGCUACGCAGAUUUCUCUCCACUGCGCAUUUAUUUAUCUGGCCACAACGCUCUUUUUUUUUUUCUUCCGCAAAAGCGUCCGUGGCCUGCCGAACCCAAGGACAGUUUGGACUGCAUCCUAGUUACCGUCUUUUUACUGUGUUCCCCGUACUGUCGACGCCGGUUUUUUUCCGCGUCAACUGCACCGGACACCGAGCUCGUAGUCUCUCCCUCGCACCUUCUUGUUUGUGACGUUCACUCGGUGAGGAGCAUCUAUCUCUUCUUCCAGCGGUGCAGGUUUUUAUACAGCUUUCUCAUUUCGGCCGAGCGUCGGCCGAAUGUCGGCCGGCACAAGCAAACCGGUCCAGGAAAGGACGAAAAAAAAAAAAAAAAAAAGAAGAGGUGUUCGGCUGUGUUUUUUUUCUUUCUAUGUGGCGGACGUCCAUUCCGUCUUUUGGGGAGUCUUCUCUAUCCGUGGCCCGUCUCUGUCUUUUUGAACUGUACAGCAGUCAUGUGUUUAUUUAUUGUUGCGGGGGAGGGGUAGGUGGGGAACGUUGGGUCACUCCACAGUCGUGCUGUAACUGCUCGUUUCCGUCGCACUAAGCGGAGGAAAUGCCUUGCACGUUGGAACAAGCUUUGGUUUGUCUGUUGUCCUUUCGUUGUGGCUUUGCACACGCGCGGCUGUGUCAAGUAAGUGUGCGUGUACAGAGGGGGGAAAACACAAAAAACGACGAGCGGAGGAUUGGGCGUUGCUUCCGACACCGCGAUUUCAAGGGGUGCGGAGGACAAGCUCGAGCGUUGCCGCGUAGGGGGUUGUUUGCUCCCAUCGUGCUGUCGUUAAGAUAUGUGGAGGGGCGAGGUGGAAACGCUCAAAACCAUUUCCGGGUUGUUUUUUUUUUUCCCGGAGGUGCGCAGUCACCAUAAAACACUUAGAUUGGUUCGUUGGUUUAUCCCUUGUACAAAAUGCAGACUCUGUUAUUGGAGUGCAGUCUAUGGUAGGAGUCUAAAGUAACCUUCUUUUUAACGUAAACUUAACGACGGUCAUGUUCGUGCUUUUGGACUCCACGCUGUAGCUCGUUUCGAAAUGCGUGGCGGGAAUGCGUUUUUACACGCGUGGGUGUAUAUACGAGCUUGCCGAAUUAGAUACGAAGGGCGAUUGAUGACAUACAUACAUAUAUAUAUAUACACACACACACACACACACACACACACACAUAGCGUUUAAAGACGCAAGCAGAGUGCUGAGCUGUGGUAUUGACACCCAAUUCUUAAAGGGCAAAUUCCCUUUUUGUUAUAUUAGACUCGUUGACGGGUUGUUGCUGAUAGACGGCUACGCUUGAUAGUGGUUACCACAUUCUCCUCCAAGCACUUCGCUCUUCUCAGCGCGCACGCAAAUUCGUUUAGACGAUUUGACGUCGUCGUUGUCGGAAUCUCUCGCCCAAGAUGCGUCUCCACCUUGCGUGGCAGUGCACGCUGCUGGAGCCGUAAAAAUCUUUCGGGCAAGUUCGUAGGUUAGAAGGACUUUCUGCUUCACGUAGAGAGAGGCGCACUGCGACGUCCCGGUUUCCAUGCCGUUCCAAGCUCGAUUCAGAUUUUUGCAAGGCGUUUUGUGCUCUACUAUCGCCCGAGAUUCUUCACCCCCGUCUCGAGGCGCGUGCACCUUGAGACUGGAGUGAGUGAAGCGCAUGAGGUACUGCAAACUCAUGCAAGGUACUGUGGACUGGGCGGUGUGCGGCUUCGACGAGAUUCAAAGUCGUGUCGAAGGUUUUUUGGAACGGUACUGGAACAUGGCCGCAGUAAGCCUCAGCAUCGCUUUUAAUGUCGGCGUAAGUAGACUGUCUGCUAGAUGACUCGCGUAGUCUAUAACCUCGCCAGCGCCUCCGACGGCUCAAACAACAUUGAGGCAGGGAAGAAUGAAUACAAAUUUUUGUUUGGACCGAAUUGCAUUUCGUUGCGGUCGACGCUCGUCGAUACGUACGGUUCAUCCAACAAACCCUCGCGCCAAUACGCCGAACCGCGUGGCAAUCAUUACGGCGCUGCUAGGGACGAUGACCCUCGUUUCCGAAAGCGCCUUCGUCGGGCUUCAAGGCUUUUGGAAAUGGUGCGUCCGCAGGGUACAAUUAAAGUUCUCAAGUGCACGGCGAAUUAAAAUGAAAAGCUUGCCCCGGAGGCCAAAUAACUGAAAUACCUCCCCUCCAUUCUCACCUUGCCCGCGACAAUAGGAGAGUUUUUUUUACGCGUUACGCAGCAAGUCGUCGGUUCUAAUUUAUGGGAGCGAUCGAACCGAGCCAGAAGACUUACCGAGCGGAACGAGCUCUCUCUAAAUCGGUUUGCCGUCGGAGAUGCCCUCGUCUAACACUAGUUCCGCUUUUUGUCUGCGAUUGCGAACUUUUCGAGGUUGGACAACGUUGGGUUUUGGUGGCGAUUUUAUGUGCGGGUCGCUCGACCCGGGGAGUAUUUAUUUCGAGAGGUUCCACUCGUCCUUGCCAUUUCGUCUGCGUUCCUAGCGAAACCGAGUGCUGAGUCUCUCCGACCCUGUGUGAAAAGGGAAAGGGGAAAGCCUUAUGCAACAAUUGCCCUCUCCGCUGCUCGUGUCUACUCAAGACUGUACAUUCUCACGCGCGUUGUAUGAACGAAUGCCAAUAAACUUCAGUUCUUCCCAAACCGAAA